UCUUGCUGCAGCGAUGAAAGCAGAGGAGAAAACCAAGGGAAAUCCCUGGAUGAACCAUAAAACCGUUUGCUAGAGCUGAGAUAUUCUUCUGCUAGUAGCUAGCCUGGUGAAGUCGAAGCUCUCCGCUGGUUUAGUCGAAGAUAUCUGUGUCAGAGGGGAACCUGAGCACGCUGAGAGAGACAUAGGGGGGUUUGUCGGCCCACUGCAGUCUGAAUCACCGGAGACUCGCCCCACCGCUGGUUCAUCAUCGACGUCGUUGGCCCAUCGACGUGCGCAUCCUCUCGGAGGCAGAAAACAACGGGAAGGGACGGGACCCAAGCCCGUGUUUGGCCCUCUGCCGCAGCCCCGAGGUGUGCUGCUUGGCAGAGCAUGCUAAAUAAUGAGCCAAAGGGACACACUGGUUCAUUUGUUCGCUGGAGGAUGUGGUGGUACAGUGGGCGCUAUUUUGACUUGUCCUCUGGAAGUGGUGAAGACCAGGCUGCAGUCCUCCUCCAUCACUCUCUACAUCUCUGAAGUCCAGCUCAGCACCGUCAACGGAGCCAGUGUGGCCCGUGUCGCUCCGCCAGGGCCUCUGCACUGUCUCAAGUUAAUUCUAGAGAGAGAAGGACCUCGUUCACUCUUCAGAGGACUAGGACCCAACCUUGUAGGUGUGGCACCUUCCAGGGCAAUCUACUUUGCGGCCUACUCAACAGCUAAGGAGAAGCUGAAUGGAGUACUGGAGCCAGACUCUACCCAGGUGCACAUGGUGUCUGCUGGGAUGGCAGGGUUCACCGCCAUCACAGCAACCAAUCCCAUCUGGCUGAUUAAGACUCGUCUGCAGCUGGAUGCCAGAAACCGGGGGGAGCGGCGAAUGAAUGCAUUCGAGUGUGUGCGGCGGGUGUACCAGAUGGACGGCCUGCGAGGUUUCUACAGGGGCAUGUCAGCCUCGUACGCUGGCAUCUCUGAGACUGUUAUCCAUUUUGUCAUCUAUGAGAGCAUCAAACGCAAACUGCUGGAAUCCAAAGCCCAUGCCAGCAUGGACGAAGAGGACGAGUCUGUCAAAGAUGCCUCCGACUUUGUGGGCAUGAUGCUCGCAGCAGCCACCUCCAAGACCUGUGCCACCUCCCUCGCCUACCCUCAUGAAGUGAUCCGCACACGGCUACGAGAAGAGGGCAGCAAGUAUCGUUCCUUCUUCCAAACUCUGCUCACGGUACCCAGGGAGGAGGGAUACCGGGCGCUGUACCGCGGCCUCACCACCCACCUUGUCAGACAGAUCCCCAACACCGCCAUCAUGAUGUGCACCUAUGAAGUGGUGGUCUACCUGCUUGGCCGUUAGCACACCAGGCUUGUCUCCUUCCUGUUUAGAGAGGGAGACAGCAAAUGACUGAGAAGGAUGCCCUUUGGCAAGUGCGAAUGAGAUGUCAAAAUGAAGACCAAAGGAAAACUCAAGAUAGUCUAGCGGACCAGGAAAGGACAAAUGGAAAACACAUGAAGAAAAAGGAAGGAGGAAAUUGUUAUCAGCAUCACCACCUCCAGUUCCCUUUAUCAAGCUGCUGGGAAAGAUAGAGGGCGCUAUAUGUCACAGAAGAGGUAAUAUGGGUGGGACAAGAGAGGAGGCACUGACAGGAAAGACGCAGGAAACAGAAGGUACCUCUGAAGGAAAAGAUUUUAAGCACAUUUCAGUGGCCUUAACAGAAUGGGUUUUAGUUUGCAUCCUUCUCAUCUCUCAUAGAGAUGAUAUUGUGAAGGGGGAAUGCUUGGAGUUACAACUGAACUUGGACAACUGAACUUGACAGGAAAGAUGAUGACUAAACGUAGGUCGAUUUCAAUAAUCCAAGAAUCUCUACUUGGCCCCAUUUGUCUGCACAAGUCUGCUCUUGCUUCAGUGCUGUGAAACUACUGUACGAUUGGGUUGACUGGCAGUUAGGGAAUGUCAGAAGGAGGUUUGCUUUUGAAGCAAAGAGAUCACUGGUGUCAAGUCACCCAAAUCCACCCAUCUUCGCACUACAAAAAGUGUGGCUUCAAGCAUUCCCCUCUGAACACUGCAGCCGACCUUCCCCCCUCAUGCAUGCAUGGCAGUGCACUCACUGGCCAAAAACACAAUGAAGAGCUUGUGAUGGCCUGUCACUGAAAACACAUGCGUCAGACACUUAACUAGUGUUUAUAAAGAGUAGGUUGAAAAGCUGACCUUCAUUCAGUGUUUGAUUCCUCCAUAGCUCAGUGCCUGGUGGUGACAUGCUAAGGCUGAAGUUGGCCCGGGGCGUUGACAGUUUGUUAGAACUGAACAGAGAUCAUAUACUAGGCCAGCUUCUUCCUUCAGCCAGUCACUGCUUAGGUCUUAAAAAACCUUGUGUGAAAACAUGAUUACUAAUGUGUCCUUUCUGAGAUGUGAAGUGUGCGACUGUCCAAAAGGUACCAAGACUAAGUAUCUACCAUUGGAGUUCCGCUGCUUAAAUAUAAUGUGACGGUGUGGGGAAAUGUUGGAGUGGGAGACUGUUGAUGAAGUUUCAUCAUCACCCCAUAACCUCUUUGUGUGAGUGUGUAUGUGUGUGAGUCUAACAUGUGAGUCACUUUCACCAUGAUGGUCUAUGUUCAAGGAUGUGUGUGUUUGUGCAUCUGCAGUCAUGUGUGCCUGCAUGUAUAAUAAAUAUCUACUCCAGAUUUCCCUCCUCUAACUAUUAAUCUUGCAAGACAUUGUGGGUGUAAAAAAGCUCCUGUAUGAUACUGGGAGCUUUCAUUACCACUCUCAUGCCAUUCCUUCCUUCCAGUGGCUUCCAUCUGACCUGAUAACAUGCACUUUUGUGGCCUUUUAGGGCUUGUGCUUUGCAUUUUAUUGUGUGGACAGUAUAAACUUGUACAUUGUAAAAGAAAAAAAGUAUUACUGUAUAUCAAAAUGGUAUUUUGCGCAACUGUUCAUAUAGCAGAUAUAUUGUACAGUUUAGAGUUCUCAGUAGUUGUGAAGGAUGUCCAAAUGUGUUUAUAUAAUAUAGAUACUGUAUAUGCAUAUCAUUUUUUUCUUAGGCCUGUGUAUGAUCAUGCUCUAGUAUGCAUUUGCAAAUGAUUGUUUUCAUUUUUGUGCAAUUUAACAUUGUUUUGACAUGGACUAUUGACAUGAGUAUUGAAAUUGCUUGACUUAUUUUUGUUAAGUAUUUUUUUCUGCAUUUGUAUGUUGCUGUAAGCUGUCAUGCGGACAUUUGUGCGUACAUGAAAGCUAACAAAAGGUGUAGUACAAAUACUUUCAUGCAAGCAUUUGUGCUGGAGCGUUGGUUAGUCAUUUUACAGUGUUUAUAAAAAGUGUUCCAUUUUGCAAAGUUUGGAUGUUUCCAUCGUUCAUGAUGUUUACAUUGUUCCUUACUGUCUGUCAGAUUCUUUUUGGCUAUCUUAGCAACAUGUGAAUAUCUACAUGGAGGUGUUAUGUGAGAAUUGAAGAACUGGAAUCUGGGCAGAGUACCACGGUAAUUUGGGAUUGUUAAAGACUUAAUUUGAGUGAUCCAGAAUUUGCUAAUCUAACCUUUUACUGAAGAGAGUUGUUGUCUAAAAGACAGUAAAUGUAUCCUUUUUAAGCUAUCACUUCAAAAAGCAAAAAAUUUAAUGUGCAUUUUUUUCAAAUUGUAUACAAGCACCUUAUCAGGUUUUCACUCAAUACUUUUAUGUUGUUUAUUAUCAGAACAUCCUUCUAAAUAAUGUUUAAAACUUCUCCAGUCUUCUCACCACAGUCUCUUUGACCCAGUCGCUUUCUCAGUGCGCACUCAUUCUUCAUACGGAAAUGAUAAAGUUCACACAAUUUCCAUGUUUUAAAAAAAUAUUGUCUUUUUUCACCAAUUACAGGAAAUCUUGCUCAUUCACCCAUGAUGUUCUUCAGCGCUCUCAUUUUUCCCCCCUUGUUGCAGUAUCAUUUCAGAGGCAAACUGGGUUGCUGUAACUUGUAAUAGUUAUUGAUUUUCUGUCUCCAUUGACAUGUUGCUAGCCUUUAGUUGCUGUCCAUGCUUGAAAAAAAAAAUUUGCAGACUCAUUUUAACGUCCAUGUUUUCCUACAAAACACUAAUAGUUUCUAUGUCUUUGGCUUCGUUGCAGUAAUACUUGAGGUCAAAUUACCAAAAUGUGACAUGAACAGACAACUGGACAAACAGUGCAAACAUUUCAUUUAUGUUUUUUUUUUUUUUACCUCUCAGUGUCUGUAUGCAAUUCAAUCUCUUCAGCCUGUAUGCUGGGACUGGAUUGCAGUCUCAAGCAGGGUUGAAUGACACCUGAACUACCGUUUUUUGCCAGCUCAGU